AGCCGAGCGCACAGCGCAGCGCGCUGCCACAGCCCCGAAGCUCCCACCGACGGGCGCAGCGGGAGUGAGCGGAGCCGGGAGGCGCGCUCCGGACAGAAAGAGCCGAGCACGGCGUACGGACGCGCGGGCGCCCUCCCCGAAAACCUGCUCGCGCCGCGCCUCUCGGCCAGCAUGAGGCUCCUGACCGCCGCGCUGCUCCUGCUGCUCCUGGCGCUGUGCGCCGCGCGCGUGGACGGGUCCAAAUGCAAGUGCUCCCGAAAGGGACCCAAGAUUCGCUACAGCGACGUGAAGAAGCUGGAAAUGAAGCCAAAGUACCCGCACUGCGAGGAGAAGAUGGUUAUCAUCACCACCAAGAGCAUGUCCAGGUACCGGGGUCAGGAGCACUGCCUGCACCCCAAGCUGCAGAGCACCAAGCGGUUCAUCAAAUGGUACAAUGCCUGGAAUGAGAAGCGCAGGGUCUACGAAGAAUAGGGUGAAAAAUCCCUGACGGGAAAACUUCACACCAGUUGGGAAACAAGCAAAGGACUUUGCAGAUUCAAAAAACAAACCCUUUCUUUCUCACAGGCAUAAGACACAAAUUAAAUAUUGUUACAAAGCACUUUUUACCGAGGGUCAGUUUUUACAUUUUAUAGCUGUGUGCAAAAGGCUUCCAGAUGUGAGAUCCUUCUCUUGUGCUCCAGAUUUCAUCACAAGCCUCUUUUUACUGAAAAGUGGGGAAACUCAUGCCUUUCCUUUGUAUUAAAAAAAAAAAAAAAGGCUUUUUUUUUUU